GGUCACUUCCGGCGGCAGAAUGGCCAUGAGUGGAGGUGACGAGGAGUUUGACUGGACACCACCCACAGAGGCUGAGAUGAAGGUGAUCGAAGCCCGGCGGGAACGUCAGGACAAGAUCAGCAAACUGAUGGGGGAUUACCUGCUGAAGGGAUACCGGAUGUUAGCAGAUGCCUGCGUAGAGUGCGGAACAAUCCUUCUGCAGGAUAAGAAGCAGAAAGAAUACUGCGUGGCCUGUCAGGAGCUGAAUUCCGAUGUGGACAAAGACAAUCCAGCCUUGAACCCGCAGGCGGCUCUGACCCAGGUGAGGGAGAGGCAACGGUUGUACAACGGAGAGCCCGAGCACCCGUUCAGCCUCUGCCCACAGGACCUGUCGCUGGGCACGGCCGGAGUGCCUCCCUCCGCCGCCCGCUCCCACCCGCUCCCCUCCCCUCACCAGCCCGACGAAGCAGCGGCGGCCGCACCCCGGCCCACCCCCACCCCCACCCCGGCGCUGGCCGGCACCCCGGGGCAGGCGGAGCGGGCCGUGCUGCGGAAGAUGGCCUGGGCCAGCGGGGAGCUGGAGCGGGCGGCCUCCGUCGAGUACAGCGCCCAGCUCUGCGGCCUCAUCCGGAGCUGCGCAGAGUCGCUGCACAGCCUGAAGCGGCUGCCGUAGUGGGUCCUCCCGGGCUGCGGGGGGCACUGCGGUGAGACACGGCCAUACUCUGACCUCGCCCGCCCUUGACCACAUGCCCGCACUUUACCACACGGCUUGACUGUACGCCAAUCCCUUGAUUUUAAGCGCUUCCUUUGGCUUGUUGGCCAUCCCUUGACCGUACGCCCAUCCCAAGACAUCACGCCCUUGCGGUAUCCCCUCAACCCCAGGAGCGUUUGGUGGGCUUGCGUAGAUGGAGCUUCGUUUAAACUCGUGUUGCGUUGGACGGGACGGUGGAGAGGCGGCAUUUGUUCUCCAGAAAUCGGGGGGGGGGGGGGGGGGGGCAGGUCUUCUAUCGAUUGGGGCACCCAACUUAAUCGUGACCAGACUGUGACAAAUAUAGGCGGGAAACCGGAGUCUGCCCCUGGUAUCCCGUGUGUUGAACAAACGCAAAUGCUUUCCGCCGAUUACAUAUCCCCCCCACUCCUUGGAGACCCGACCUUAAAAUGUGACCCUCAGUUUUGCAUUCUGAUAUAAGUUAAUAAACAUAUUGUUAAUUUGC